CCUCCUCUGCGCAUGCGCUAUGCUCAGUGCUGUCAGCCGUUUGGUGGAUGGAUCCUGAACUCGCGCGGGUGUGUGUGUGAUCCGGCACAGAUGAAGCAUGUGUUUGGUCCGGACUGUUGCAGGCUGAACUCCUGACCCAUAACAGAAGUGUGUAUGUCUGAUAAUGCAGAGCGAGGAGCGCAGGAAGAAGAAAGCCAGUGUGAGCCCCAGAGGUGUGUCGGAGGAGUACAGUCUGCGAGAGCGACCCAAAGACGAAAACCCAGCCAAGAUGAAGAAUAAAGUGUCCACUUCACAAGCAGUGAGCAGUAGGAAGAAGCUGUUUUCCUGGGAUCAGUAUCUGGAGGACAAGCAAGCUGAAGCUGCACCGCUGACACUCUUCACUGAGUUUCAGGCAUUUCCAGAGGGCAGGAAUGGCUUUAAGGUGGGCAUGAGGCUGGAAGGCAUCGACCCGCUGCACCCCUCCAUGUUCUGUGUGCUGUCGGUGGCCGAGGUGAUUGGCUUCCGUCUGCGGCUUCAUAUCGAUAGCUACUCCGAGUGCUAUGACUUCUGGGCAAACGCAGACUCUCCUGACCUCAAACCGGCCGGCUGGUGUGAGUCCACAGGACACAAGCUUCAUCCACCCAAAGGUUACAAGCCUAAUGAGUUUGAGUGGGAUAAAUAUCUGGAGGCCUGUAAUGCUCAAGCUGCACCAAAGAACCUCUUCAAAACCCAAAGCAGCGCGUCCAGCGAGUCAAUGUUUGCAGUGGGCAUGAAGCUGGAGGCGGUGGACCGCAAAAACCCCUGUCUAGUGUGUGUGGCCUCCAUUGCAGACAUCGUGGACAACAGAUUCCUCGUACACUUCGACAACUGGGACGACACCUAUGACUAUUGGUGUGACGCGAGCAGUCCUCAUAUUCACCCGGUUGGCUGGUGUCAGGACCACGGCCGGCCGCUCACUGCACCUCAGGGACACCCGAAUCCAGAGCAUUUUAUCUGGGAGGAUUAUAUGAGUGACAGCGGUGCGUCUGCAGCUCCAGCUCAGGCCUUCAGCGAGAGAUCAGCUCACGGUUUCCAGACGCUCCAGAAGCUGGAGGCUGUGGACAGGAGAAACCCGAUGCUGAUCCGCGUGGCCACAAUCACCGACACUGAAGACCACCGAGUCAAAGUUCAUUUUGACGGCUGGCAUGAGAAGUUUGAUUUCUGGGUGGAUUCGGAUCUGCCGGAUCUUCAUCCCGUGGGCUGGUGCUCCAGGACGGGUCACCCGCUUGAACCACCGCCAACACACACAGUGCUCUCAGACGUGAAGAGCUCCGUGAAUCAGGGUGUGUGUCCGACUCCAGGCUGCAGAGGAAUCGGACACAUUAAAGGAGCAAAAUACACCGGACACCACAGUGCCUUCGGCUGCCCGUAUUCAGAGAUGAACAUGAAGAAGGAGGUGGUUCUGCCGGAUCGACUCGGUGGAGAAAAGCAGAUCACAUUCGUCCCUGUGCACUUUGUCCAGAAGACCAAACGCCUGUGUCCAGACGAGGAGGAGGAGGACGAGCAGGAGGACGAGGACCAUGUGGAGAACAGGAUGGCUGUGUCUCCGUAUGAAGCUGCUCCUCGUCUGCGUGGUCGGCCGUCGCUGCUCAAGAGAGACCUGAAGGACGAGUCUCUGAAAACACUCGUCAAGAGAGGACGAUUAACCAGCAGACUCUCUCAGUCCACAGAGUUUCUGCAGAUCAAGGACGAGGAGGACGACAUUGAUGUGAACAGCGUCAUUUCAGAGCGUAAUGUGGACAGUCUCCAGCAGGCUCUGCAUCAGUCGGUCUUCCUCUCCGCCAUGUCUGCGCACCCGAGCCGGGACCUGCCGCUGUGCUGGGAUCAGCACUGUAAACUCCUGCCUGGAGUCUCCGGCGUUCAGGCCAGCCGCGUCACACACUGGAGUGUAGAGGAGGUGGCUGAUUUCAUCCAUUCUUUACCCGGCUGUGAGGAACAGGCCAAGCAGUUCAGAGAAGAGCAAAUCGACGGGAAAGCGUUUCUCCUGUUGACGCAGCGCGACAUCGUGAAGAUAAUGAGUGUGAAGCUCGGCCCCGCCCUCAAGAUCUACAACUCCAUCCUGAUGUUCAAACACGCCGAGGACAACCAAUCAGCAGCCGGCGACACGUGAAGACGACCAAUCAGCAGCUGGCAAGAUGAAGCUGACCAACCACAACCCUGUGUGCAUGUGUGUUUGUGUGUGUGAUUGUGUGUGUGUAUAUGUGUAUGAGAGAAAGGGAGCAUUUCUUUGCGUGUGUGUGUGUGUGUGUGUGUGUGUGUAUGAGUGUCUACUGUACGCUGCAUUCCUCCAGCACUCGUGGCCGUCGCUAGUUGUCUUGCGUCCGCCGCUAGCGCUCUUCAGGUUUACUCUCAGUGAGCCGCUCUGCCUUCUGCUGCACGACAAUCAACACAACACAUCAGGGCUCACACACACACACACACACACAGAGACACUCUCACACAUAUACACUCACACGGUGCUACAACACAGACUACAGGAUGAGUGUGUGAGUGUAUGUGUGUGUGAGGAAGUGUGUUAGAGAGUGAGAGUAUGUGUCUGGUGAAUGUGUGAACGAAUAUCUGUGUGAGUAUUAGAGAGUGUGUGACUUUCGGGAGCGAGUGUGUAUGGGAAAAUGUGUGUGUGUGGGGUGAAUGUGUGUGUGUGUGUGUGUGUGUGUGUGUGUGUGUGUGUGUGUGUGUGUGUGUGUGUGUGUGUGUUACUAAGUGAACAGUUCAUCCCAUAAUAAUCACUCUGUGGUCAUGUUUCUCUGUGGUUAAUGUCAUUUAGUGGAGCUGCAGAAACACACACACACACACACACACACAGCUGAAGUGUCUCUCUGUUAUUGUGUGUGUGUGUGUGUGUGUGUGUGUGCGCAGUCAGGAUGAUGAACUCUAUUCUUCCUCCUGUUCUUCAGUUUCUCCUCUGUUUUCUUCAGUUCUGUCUGUUUUCCUGCUGAAUCUCCUUAUUUAUUGUGCAAACUCGCCGCCUGUUUUGCACAGUGAAGGAUAAUAAUUAUAAUGUUGUACAUGAUCGUUUUCAAAUGCCAAAAGGAUAUGUUUUAAAUGGAAGAGUGUUUAUUUUUGUGAGCUAUUGCACAGAGUUAAAGGAGUCCCCGUUUGUGUUUAAUGAGAGUAAAUGUGUGUGUUAUUCUGGGUUUGCAUCAGGGGAUUUUCUAAUGAUUAUUUAAAGACUUGCUCUAAACGCAGACCAUAUAUAAAUAUAAAUAUAUAUUUGCUAUAAAUCUUGACUUUUGAAUGGGAGCGUGUCUCAUGUUUAUUUAAUUUAGCCAAACGUCAGGAAUGUACGCUCAUCUGGAGUGUUUUUUAUUCCUAGUUUUUGCGUUUCCCUCAGUUUUACCGCCAGAUUAAAGGUGUUUGUGCCUGUUUUAGUUCCGAGUCCGUUCCUCCAUAUACAUAUAUAGACAUAUAUGAUUGAUUUAUUGAUCAGAUGCUCUGUACAUAUUUAUAAACCCUUUCUAAAGCUCACUUUGUACAUCAAAAUUCACCUAGUCACCCUAAUAAACAGAGCAAACUCACCAA